AAAAAAAAAAAAAACAGCUAAAAAGGAGAAACAAAUAAAAAAAAAACGGUUUCCAUAUAAUACAAACUUCUGAAUGAGAAACCUUAGGACCUGUAAUCAAUUUUACGGUACAUUGCAUAUAAUUUAACGAAAUAAAUAUUACAUCAGUGUUACCGAAUUUAUAUACAAUUUUUUUUUUCAUUUUUUUUUUGUGUACAAAUAAAAAUAAACAAAUUGGAAAAUAAAAGGACAAAAAACAACAAUAAGAUGCCAAUUAAAAUGGAAAUACAGCUGAGAGGAUUGGAAGCAAUCGUGAUAUGGAUGAUUACGUUAUUCGUUUUUGUGCCGGAAUUCAUCGUUGGAUUGAAGGACGUAUCAGUGACCAUUCCACAAGCUGUACGACGCGGUGGCAAUGCGCUCUUCAUAUGUAAUUACGACAUGGAAAACGACACACUAUAUUCAGUAAAAUGGUAUAAAGGACGAAGAGAAUUUUAUCGAUAUACCCCAAAGGAAAAUCCGGCUAUGAAAACUUUUCCAUCUGCCGGAAUAAAUGUUGAGAGAAAUCUCUCCAAUCAAAGCCACGUGGUCCUUUUGGCCGUCCCACUAAGUAUAUCUGGGAAAUUUACAUGCGAAAUUUCCGUAGAAGCACCAUCAUUUCUCACCGCUAUGAUAUCCGGUGAAAUGGAAGUUGUGGAACUCCCGGAACAACGACCGAUAGUGACAGGAAUUCAUUCACGAUAUCGACUGGGAGACUUAGUUGACGGGAAUUGCUCAAUUAAAUUCUCAAAACCGGCAGCCAAUUUGACAUGGACGAUUAAUGGUGUUGUGGUCCCACCACAUCACAUCAAAAUGCAUCAAAUUGAAAAAUAUCCCGAAGACAAUCUUGAAUCGGUUUUUAGUGAAAUUGGUUUCAUGGUCACUACUCAACAUUUUAUCAAAGGACAAAUGAAGCUGAAAUGUACUGCAUCAUUGUUCAACAUUUAUCAUGAAGAAGUGGAAAAACUCAUCGAAGAAGAUCGUCCAAGAAUAAUGGCAUCUGGUCGGUCAUUCGAUAUGAAUGCUUACCCAUAUGAUCAGCAAUCUAGCGGUGAUUUUGAAGACCACAAUGAAUCAUAUUUAACACAUUAUUCACAUUCAGCAGCAGCAGCUGAUGUCUCAUCCUCAGCCACGACAAUAUCAUCAUCAAAUGCUCGUAAAGGAUUAAGAGCAGCAGCAGGACAACUAGUGUCUCUUCUACAUCGACUUGUUGUGUCCACAUCAUCCACAUCAUCCGCAUCAUUGUCAUCAAUAACAAAUGUCAGUAGACGAAUGCUAAAAGGUCAAAUUGAAACUGCUGCGGAAACGCCUCCUGCAGCAAGGAUCUUCUGUUUUAUUGUCAUGUCUAUGUCUAUGUCGUCGCUGUCGUCAUCCUCAUCAUCGUCCCCAUCAUCGUCACUGAUGACAGCGGCAACAGUCACUUCUAUAACAUCAGCAGCUAUCGUCGUCGUCUCCACCACCCCAAUGCCAAAAGUAGCAGGGGUACAUAGUAGACGAUUUGACGACAAUGGAGCUAGAGUUUAUGCACCAGCGAUUAUCUUAUUCACAGUCACUGUUAUUGCAGUCGCUGGGGCACUCGCUGUCGUCGUCAUUUUGACUUUCUUUAUACGAUGGCGAUUUAAUGAUUUCCUGUCAACGGCGAAAGGAUAUUAUCAUUCUCCGCGGCGACAACGCCGCAAUUCACACAAUGAAAUCGAUACAAAUCGACGAGAAGUGUUGUCUUCUUCGACGGCACACAGACAACCAGAAGAACAUCAACAUGGCUAUCAAAAACAGAAUCACCAUCAGCAUCGAAUGACGACGACAGCGAUAAAGCUAGAGCAGGAGUCUUCUCACUGCCACAUACGAAGCCAACAGUUGAUACUAUUACCAAUGGCAUCACCACUGUUGGCCCUUGAGCAACCUCCAAGAAUCAAACGGACUUACAAAUGCUGCUGAUGCUAGAUGAGGCACACUGCCCCAUCAAAGGAUGCACACGUUAAAUGUGCGUUCGGAUAAUAAUUAGCACACAGUCUGAUCCUCUUUCUCUACUCAUUUUGUAAAAAUAAUAAAAAAAAAGAAAUCCGAAUGAAAAAUAAAAAAAAAAAAA